AUGUCAAAGUACAGCUUCCUUGCUGUGCCGUUGAAGUCCACUAGCGAUGUCGAUUUGGUCAAGCCAUUAACGUCCUAUAUCGAAUCUGUUUAUAACACAUCAAACGAUAACAAGGCAGAAGUCGCCGAAGCAGUACAGGAGCUGAAUAAGCUAAGGUCUAAAGCUUGUUGCCAACCACUGGAUAAGCAUCAGUCAGCUCUUGAUGUUGUCACUCGAUAUUAUGACCAACUCGUUGCAAUCGAAAACAAAAUCAUCAUCUCGGCCACCCAAAAUCCAGUCGUUUUCAAGUGGAAAGAUGCGUUCGAUAAAGGCAGUCUAUUUUUCAGCAAGGCAUCGUUGUCGUUAUCGGAUGGUUCAUUUGAACGCGCUGCUGUCCUGUUUAAUUGUGGUGCACUAAUGUCUCACAUCGCUGCUUCUCAACCGCUGUUGACCGACGAUGAGAUGAAAACCGCCGCUAAACUCUUUCAGCAAAGUGCAGGUAUAUUUGCCCGUCUACGAGAUUCCGUACUAGGAAUGGUUCAGCAUGACCCUACUCCAGACCUGAUGCCGGACACCCUUGCAGCACUUUCUGCUUUAAUGCUUGCUCAAGCGCAGGAAGCUAUUUAUAUCAAGGCAUAUAAAGAAAAAAUGAAGCCCACGGCUCUCGUUAAAAUUGCUGCGCAAACGGCGGAGUUCUAUCAUGACGCACAGAAAGCAAUGAGCAGGGAUGCAGUGAAAGGAUUGUGGGAUAAGGAAUGGAACCAAGUGGUUUCUGGUAAAACUUUAGGAUUCCAGGCUAUUGCACAGAUGCAUCAAGCAGCGGUUAACGCAGAACAGCGUGAGAUGGGUGAGCAGCUAAGCAGAUUGGGUGAAGCAGUACGGUUAUCUGAGACCGCUGCCAAAUACCUUCCUGCAGAUUGUUUGUCUGAGCAACUCACCUCAAUUGCAAAAAUGUAUGCGGCUGCGAAGAAAGACAACGACUUUAUUUACCAUGAACGAAUAGCUGAUUUUCGUUCACUACCUGCCUUGCCGCGCGCAUCAUUGGUCAAAGCACUCCCCGUUACUCAUCCUCUUUCUCCGAGAUUCAAAGAUAUGUUCUCAAGCGUCGUUCCGGUGCAGAUUCACAAUGCUAUCCAAUGCUAUGAAGGCCGUAAAGGAGAGCUUGUCAAUAUUGAGACAGGAAGAUUACGAGAACACACACAACUCAUGAACGGUAUUCUCGCAUCUCUGAAUUUGCCUGCAGCACUGGAUGAUGUGACUUCAAUGGAUGUUUUGCCUGAAUCGAUUAGACAGAAAUCUGCCAAGGUUAAACAGGCUGGUGGUAUAACCGAAUUACAGCGGCUGUUUACUGAAUUGCCUGCUUUGUACAAGCGCAACGAGGAGAUAUUAGACGAGACUAAUCGUAUUCUUGCGGAAGAAAAAGAAAGUGAUGACACACUUCGUCGACAAUUUGGUGGGAAAUGGUCGCGAAUGAGUAGUGAACAACUGACUGGUCCAUUGCUACAGGAAGUAGGAAAGUACCGCGGUAUACUUCACACUGCGUCGAAUGCAGAUAAAAUGGUCAAGGAUAAAUUCGAGGCUAAUCGAGCUGCUAUUGAAAUGCUAAGCAAAAAUGAAGUGGAGUUACGGUCAGCUAUUCCUGGUCAAACGCAGCAUGCUGUAACGGGGACAUCGGAAGCUGUUUCCAAACUUCGUGGUUUAAUGGGUCAAGUUCAGGAGAUAAAAGUGCAACGAGAAAAGUUGGAGAAGGAUCUGAAAUCUGUUCGAUCCGACAUUGCUGACGAUUUCCUUCGAGCAAUGGCAGAGAGCGAGCUUUUGAAUGAAGAGCAGAUUUCUAAGGAGAAAAUCCAACAGAUCUACGGUCCGCUAAAGCAGCAAGUAGAAGCCAGCAUCAAGCUCCAAGAUCAUGUAAUGGCAGAAAUCCAGACUUGGAAUAAUCGUUUCAUUGGAGAAAAGUCAGGCUCGGGUACUGGUGCUGAGAGAGAACGCAUGCUCAAGAUGCUUGCUUCUGGUCACGACGCAUUCUAUGAGUUAAAAGGGAAUUUGGAAGAGGGAACGAAGUUCUAUAACGACCUCACACCUAUUUUGGUACGGCUUCAACAGAAAGUCAGCGACUUCUCAUUUGCUCGUCAAACAGAAAAGGAAGAUCUUAUGCGUCAAAUGCAGCAAAAUAUUGUCUCUGGUGGCUCCGGUGAUAGUCAGUGUUGUGGCUGUUUCUCACAGGAUUCCUAUCUUAUUUUUUUUCCAGUGUGCAUUGAUGUUCUUGUAGGACCCUCUAGUAUGCCUCCUCCUCGCCCUCCUCCACCAAGCGUUCGUUCUGAAGUAGAGCCACCAAUUCCGCCUCCACGAACUCAGCAAAGUCUGCAAGGUCAGCCACAGCCUUUUUUCUACCAACCACAAUACCAACCAAACUUCGCCACUCCGUAUCCAACAUAUCCUGGAGCGUUUCCCAACUAUCAGCAGCCGUUUGGUCAGUUUACUCCUGCACCACAACAACAAAAUCCGUUUGCACCAGGAUGCAAUACCCCACAAUCUUAA